GAAACCUGGAAGAGCAGCAGCAGCAGCAGCCAAAAGAAGCCCAGGAAAAAGGCUCUGAUGGCGAGCCUCAUCGGACGGAAGUGAGAAGGAGCUGGAGGCAGCUGGGGUUUGGCAGCUAAAAGGUCCGGGGAGGGCAGCAGCAACGGAAACCACCGCCCUCCUCGUGAUUGCAGCCAGCAGCAGCAGCAGCAAGAGGAGGAGAAGCAGCAGAAAGGCCGGAGCAGGAAGGAAAGAAGGAAGGGCCCUGGCUUUUGCAAGAGGAGCCCCCCUGGACUUGUCUGGAGCCCGGCUUUGGGCCAAGAGGCAGCUAGAAGCAGAGAAGCCUGGCUGGCAGGGUCGGAGCCCAGCUGGAGGCAAGGAGGAGGGGAAGGCGAGAGGCCAAGACAGAGAAGAGGAAGGGUUUGCAAGGAAGAGGGGGAAAGAUUUGCAAAGAAAAGGUGAAAGAAGAGGUGGAAGGCUUUGCAAGGAGGAGGAGAAGGAGGAGGAAAAGUCGGAAGGGUUUUGCAAGGAGAUGAAGGAAGAGGUGGGGGAGCUUGCAAAGAAGAGAAGGUGAAAAAUGAUGAAGUGGAAGGGUUUGUAAGGAAGAGGAGGAGGUGAAGAAGGAGGUGGAAGCCUUUGCAAGGAGGAGGUGAAGGAAAAGUUGGAAGGGUUUGCAAAGAAGAGAAGGUGAAGAAGGAGGUGGGAGGGUUUGUAAGGAAGAGGAGGAGGUGAAGAAGGAGGUGGGAGGGUUUGCAAAGAAAAGGCGAAGGAAGAGGUGGAAGUCUUUGCAAGGAAGAAAAGGAAGGAGAAGUUGGAAGGGUCUGCAAGGAGGAGGUGAAGGAAGAGGUGGGAGGGUUUGCAAAGAAGAAGAGAAGGUGAAGAAAGAGGUGGAAGUCUUUGCAAGGAGGAGGAGAAGGUGAAAAAGAGGUAAAAGGGUUUGCAAAAAUGCAAAGGUGAAGAAAGAGGUGGGAGGGUUUGUAGGGAAGAGGAGUUGAUGAAGAAAGAGGUGGGAGUCUUUGCAAGGAGGAGGAGAAAGUAAAGGAGGAGGUGGGAGGAUUUGCAGAGGAGGAGGAGUUGAAGAAGGAGGUGGAAGGGUUUGCCAAGAAAAAGGUGAAGGAAGAGGUUGAAGUCUUUGCAAGAAGGAGGUGGAGAAACCCAGCUAUGGUUGCCCACCUUAGUCCCCCUGUUGUCAGGUAGACCGGGAGAGCAAAGGAGGCGGCCCUGCUCCACCUGGACAUUCUCAGGACCUUUUGGACCUUCCCUCCCAGCCCUCCUGCCUCUUUGGCCGCCUGGGCCUUGGGGGGGCUGGGGUCCCUCAGUCCUUGAGCGAUGGAGCCCUCGGUGGUGUCCCUGCAGCCAGUGCAGGAGUGGGGCACCUUCGGCCUGGGCCGCUGCCUUCGGGAGUGGCUGCUGCUGGGCCCUCACUGCCACUGCCCAGAGGAGGCUCCUGGCCGGGCACUGGUCAGCCCUGAUGGCCGGCACCUGCUAUUCUGGUGGCCCAGGGCCUGUGUAGUGGCCGCCUUCCAGCGCCUGGAGGCCGAGGAGGGCUCCAGGGGCCACCUGGAGCGGAGCUGGCAGCCGUCUCAGCCUCCAGUGGUGGGGCUCUUUGUGCUGGAGGGGCCCUCCUGCUGCUCUUGGGUGCUGGGCCUGACCUGGGAGCAGGGCCGGACGGAGCUGUGGCGGUUUGUGCCCUCAGCCGGCUGGCUCCUGCUCCAGACUCUGGAGCUGUGCCAUGGUUCCCGGGCACGCAUCGUCUCCCUGGGCAGCUGGGGGUCCCGGCUAGUGUGGUGCGAGGAGAGACCCCCCUUGGAAGCCCAGAGGACCCCACAGAAGAGGGCCUUCCAGUACUGCAUCUGCACCCGGAGCCUCCACCUCCUCGGGGAGCAAGGAGCCCAGCUGGGGCCCCUCAGGGUCAUCUUGCACAACAGCCCUCCCUACCAAGUCCUGACUUCAUCUUCUGCAGUCUUCUUGGUGCCCACCACAGGUACCUUCCCCGCCAUGGCCAAGUUUAUUGUCAUCUGGAGGCCCGAAAGUGCCACCGUGGCCCUCGCCGCCCCCUCCCAAGGGUGCCUUUGCACCAGAGCCUCUCAUCCUGGUGGCGAGGUGGACUUCAAGAAGCUGGUGCUGGGCUGCAUGGGCCUCUUGGCUUCCCUGGACAGUUUGGCAGUGUGUGGCUAUGCCCUCUUUGGCUGUGACGAGCUCCUCUUGGUCACCCAAGGUGGCACGGUGGAGAUGGUGCAGCCUGAUGGAGCGUGGAGGUUGGUCUUCAACUUUGGGGGGAGCGCCUUGAUCCCUGGGGAACAGGUCCAGGUGAAGGCGGUGGGGAGCACCUUGGCCUGUUUGCUGGGAGGGACUCUGUACCUUGUGGACUUGGACAGUAGGCAGUUGAUAGAGAAGAAGACUCUGAGCAUUGGAGAAGUGCUCUUCUUGGACUCCAGUGGAGGAGAGAAAGAGGAGGAGGACAUGCAGCUGCUUGCUCCAAGUGGCAUUUACAGCCUUGACUUGUCAGGUGCUGCCAAGGAGAAUUCGCCGGAACCCAGCCUGGUUGAGAUGGUGUUCGAAGAGGCCUGCAAGUACUACCAGCAGCGGAGCCUCAGCAGCUCUCAACUCACCGUGGAAAAGCUGAAAAAGGGGGACAUGUUUCAGGCACCCAUUGCACUCUCAUCCAUUCUGUGCCAUAGUCUUGCUCCCAAGGACAAGAAGCCCAGGGCCCUCCCGGAGCCUUAUGCCAAACUGCUGGGCACGAUGCAGUUAGAAUUGCAAAGCUACCAGAACCUGGAACUCCUCAAGGCCCGUGUGGUUGGAGCCUCGGAAAGUGAGGUAGAGAGCUACGGGGAGGCCCUGGUGGAGCAGGAGCUCAGCCGCCUUCUGCACUUGGAUUCAAACAGGGAGAACCUGGUCUACUUGAAUGCCAUCUUCAGUUCCUUCUCAAAGGCGUCCUGGAAAGCCAUCCAGAACCAUCUCCAACUACAACAAAAUGGGGAUGGUAUUUUGGUAGCCAGAGCUACUCCGGAUAUAUGGAAGAAGAUUCUGGGGGGACCUCUGCCCAGCCUGAGCAAGCAAGAGGAAGGCCCCCUAAAUGGAGUGCUGCCCCUUUUUGAACUUGUCUGUCUCUCACUCCACCAGUUCAAGCCGAAAUGGCUGCCUCGGUUUGUGGAGCUGUCCCAAGAGUAUAUGGGUGCAGCUUGGACUUACAGCAACAAGGAGGGCCCUGAGGGUUGUGUGCCUCUCUACAAGAGAGCCCUGGCUGUACUACCACAGAGGCACAGAUGCUCAGUAGCAGAUGGAGAAAUGGAAAUUGAGCUCUUGCUGUCUAGUCAGAGGCCCAAAGCCAUCCUACAGGCCAUAGCUCUCCUCAUCCGACACAGGAGAUGGCAGAGGGUGAUGGAGGCUGCAGAAAAGUUCUCCAAGCUGAGCCCUUUGCUGAACAAAGAGAUUUUUAUUAUCCUCCUAGGAGAGUUUGCCCAGCACAGGGCACUGGAUCCUUACUUGGACAUGUUGUGGGAGCUCUGUCCUGCAGAUCUGAGUGCUUCUGAUGUCCUAAGCAUUAUUCAGCAACACUUAGCCCCAACAGAACUUGAUCCCUCUCCCUUCCCUCCAGAGGGGUCAGCCCAGCUGACUGUCGGUCUACUGAAGCCACUGUUGCACAAACUGAAACAAAGCCCAUCUGGCCAGGCUGAGAUGUAUGCUGAUGCUUUACAGGGCCCCACUUUCCCCCCACCAACCCCACCCAGACAGCACCACAUUCCUCCAAAGGCAGAUUCCCUGGAAGAACUAAGUCUCUUUGAAAGCCACAGAUAAAUGCAUGUAAUGUGAGGUGGUUUCAAACAUAAGAGUUGGAGACAGACAAGGGAGCAUCCGGAGUCUUACAAGAGAUAGGACCUGCUGCUUGUAUGUCCCACCGAGACACUAUGUGUCUUGCAUCAAGAAGCUGUCUCUACCAAAAAGAGGGAGGUACAUCCCAGCUGGUGGGCUUAUUUGGGAGAGUUCAGAGCUUGUAGCUGAGGUCAAGAGAUUUCUGGGUUUGGUUCCUUAAACAGGAGCACAUAAAUUCCAUAUACAAACUACCAUUGCUCAUCCAGUGAGACUAGUUAAAGAUGAUGAUGAUGAUGUAUUCCUUUUAUUAAUAAUGCUGGUGAGCUGAGGGAUGGAUUGUUUGCUGGUUUUAAUCUUUAUGGAAAUAUCAGUCAGCAUUCUUUGGUCAUAUUUAUAUUUGAGCUUAAUAUUAUUGGGUAAUUCAUUGUCAUGUUGAAAUUACUUUGACUGUACACUGAAAUGCACAUCGUUCUACUGUAAACUUUUUCAAUUUUGCCCCCCCCCCCCCCCCCCACCCCCCCAGCUUCCGGGUUGCCAGGUUUCACUGGCUGGCCUUACUUCCUCUCAAAACUAAAGUUUUUGAAACUUCCUGAUUUGUGAGCAUGUCAGCUGUCUGCUUCUCUGGUUAGAGACCCACCCACCAUAAGCUGUUAUGGCAUGCAAUGUUUACCUGUGGCAGGGGAAACCCCAGCAAUUUCUACUAUCUGCCCAUACACACACCUUUGUCCCCACUAGGCCUCAUCUGUUGCUUAAAAAGUGGAGGGGGCUGUCAGUCGAGGGGGCUUGGUGCUUCAUUGGGGUAGGCCAUUUCCUGUACAUUUGCAGGGGUGUAACUUUUGCCUUGCUCUUUGCCACCCACCUCCACUGGCUUAUUGUUUAACCAAGUACAUCUCUGUGAUAGAGGAAGAGUGAGACACUCUGGAUAAUGCAAUUUGCUCUCCCCAUUCCCCCACCCUCAUUUUACUUAAGAACUCCUCUCAGCAAUGAGGAGAUCAUUUUGCAUGAUGGCCUUGCUCUUAUUUUUUCUAUGGAAGGUUUUAACUCUUCCAGGAAGAAGGAUGUGGCUGUAAACCUCACAACAUGGUCAGAAUAACUGAUUAACGUAAAGGUUUCCUAAUAGGACCCAUAACAGGCAAAAGCGUACAGCAUAAAAGCCAGUCACUAUGAACUUUUUUUCUCUGUGCUCAAAGGUUUAGCUUAGCAUGCAAGAUGGGAUAUGUUAUAUUUUUCCUGCUACCGUUGUUUGUGCUCUCUUGAAUUCCCUCAUCCUCCUCAAUCAUGCAGGAUUCAUUAGGUAACUGAUGGGAAAUGGCUCUUGGCCAGAUAGGAACUUGCCCUAAUACUGAAUUCCAAGAAGAUAACAUCUAGCCCCAAGCUUCCUUGGUAAUAAGACACUGCCUGUGCAGAGCAAAUGAUAUUCCAUCUAGCUGGAGACUGUCCCUUUCUAGAGUGGGGAGGUAGAUAAAUUUGGGAUCCCUCAGUACUCCAUUUGUGUCAGACAGUGGGGGAAGAACGAAUGGCAGUACUUGUCACUGAAGUGUGGUAAUAGGGAGAGCAUUUUGCAGAGGCCAUUCUAAAUCUAGCCAAACCUACAAUACUUUCAUCUGUAUAUGAGUCCCUUAUGUAUUCCCUAAGCAUCUUCAAGUUUCUUUAGCCUUAAGGAUAAGAACAGAGCAGAUCUUUGUGCUCCCAAGAGUUAAAAGCUUAAGAGGGAAGAAGGAAUAGUUACUUGUCAAAGCUAUCAUUGUGAGUGGUCGUUCUUUAUUCUAUUGUCUUUGCAAAAGUAAUUGGGGCCUUGACAGUGUGUGUGGUAAGGUCUUCACAAGGGUUGCAGUUUUUUGAUGUUACCUUUUUAUAAAGGGGUCUUCUGUGGAAGGGGGGGGAACAACUCUCCAUAAAAUGUCCUUGGAUAAUUUUGUGCCCCAUUCAUCUUGAGGAAAAAGGAGGCUUUUAAAUGCUAACCUUGCUGAACAAGCCUAUUCUGUUUUUAAUGCAUUUCUGGUUUUUUGAAGCCCUUUCUCAUGAAUGCAGUAUUAAAAAUUGGUGCCUGUGAAGCACCUGGCAUGUGCCUUGUA